GAGGGGGCUCUCGAAGGGUUGAAAAAAUAACCCCAACCAUGUCUUCAGUUAUUUUAGCUUGAGCUUGAAACAUAAACAUUUGAAAAGAAAGCAUGCAUUACAAAAUGUAGGUGUGGAGUAAGAAAAAAGGGGGGCAUUUAGGAGGGAACGGGAUCUAAUAAAAGUCCCUUUGGAGUUGCAUUAUGGGAAAUGUAGGAGCCAGUGAAAGUCAGGAUAUCUCUGCCUCUAGUGUUUUGAUUCUUUUUUAGUGAUUUGUCUCUAUUGAAUCCCCCAACAUUAUGGAAGUGUGAUACCAAAUUACCAAAAUUAUUCAGUUAAAAGUGUACUGGACACUGGACACAUCCAUGAGACUUUCUAGGAAAAUGUAAAUUAUAAUUUUCCAAUCAUAUAGGACAUAAUAAUAAUGUAAUUGGCUAUUUCUUAUUACGGACCCAUUAAUAGAAUGUUACCAAGGAAAUUGUAAAUAAACAAAAGUCUUUACGAGUGUGGCUGCAAUGUCGAAUUCAUCAAAUCCUGAAAUCCGGGAGGAAUCAGUUGAAUCCUGUAUUUCCAGCGCAGAAAUAUGAAACUAACAGCACUCAAUUGUGCACCCCCUGCACUUCCUCCAAAUGUCUGUGGAUUGGGCCUUUUGUUCCCCACGCCCUGUGAGCCGUGGACGAGAUCAUAUAAAUAGGCUACAGUCAGCUGAGGCAGUGGACCGAAGGACACCCAGAGCCGGACGGAAAACCCACCGUGUGCAGGCGACAUGAUUCCCUUAAUGUGGGGACUGAUGUGUUUCAUUGGCAUCCAGGCAUCGGGAACUCUGGGAAUUUCCCCACAGUUUGGGUCCCGCCAGAUCCACUCAAUUAGUCCCUCAAUUACCCGAGAGUCCUCGCAAGUCUCUCCAAGGGUCUAUCAGCGCUUUGCAAAUAUCAAAUCCAUCGAAUUAUCUUCAGACGAAGUGCCAAGUGCUGAAAGUUUCCAAGACGUCCAGCUGGGUGGUUACACCGACCGAGGCUUCCAGCAGCGGGGCAGCCGGACAGGUACCAACAACUACCUGACGCAGGACAGACGGACAACUGACCAUGGAGGAGCAAGAUUAAACUGCAGAAAUCGGCCUAUAGACCUGGUGUUCAUCAUCGACAGCUCCCGCAGUGUACGCCCUGCUGAGUUUGAAAAGGCCAAGGAGUUCCUGCAAGACAUGGUGGACAGCUUGGAGGUUGGCCCAGAUGACACACGAGUAGGCCUUGUCAAUUAUGCCAGCACAGUGCAGAUUGAGUUUCUACUCAAGACUCAUUUUGACAAGUCUGCCCUGAAGCAGGCACUGGCCCGAAUUGUUCCCCUGUCUUCAGGCACCAUGACAGGCAUGGCCAUCAAGACUGCUAUGGAGAAAGCUUUCACAGUGGAGGCAGGGGCUCGAUCUGGCUCCACAACCAUCACCAAAGUAGCCAUCAUAGUGACAGAUGGGAGGCCCCAGGACAAGGUGGAGGAGGUAUCAGCAGCCGCUCGGGCAUCUGGGAUUGAGAUCUACGCAGUGGGAGUAGACAGAGCUGAUAAGAUGUCCCUCCGCCUCAUGGCCAGCCAACCUCUGGAUGACCAUGUCUUCUAUGUGGAGACCUAUGGUGUCAUAGAAAAGCUCACUUCCAAAUUUAGGGAAACCUUGUGUGGUUUGGAUUUAUGUGCCCAAGGACAUGAUUGCCAGCACAUUUGUGUCAGCACUAGAGACUCAUACAGCUGCAAGUGUAAUGCGGGCUAUGUCUUGAACCCGGACAAGAAAACAUGCUCACUUUCAGAUGCAUGUGCCCAGGGACAUGACUGCCAGCAUAUUUGUACCAACAAUGGUGACUCUUACAUCUGCACAUGUCAAGUGGGAUUUGUGUUGAAUGCCGACCAGAAAACAUGCUCACGUGCUGAUCCAUGUGCCCUUGGACAUGAUUGUCAGCACAUUUGUGAAAACAAUGAUGGCUCGUACAUCUGCAAGUGUCGAGUGGGACAUAUCUUAAAUGCAGACCAGAAAACAUGCUCACGUUUGGAUGCGUGUACCCAGGGACAUGACUGCCAGCAAAUUUGUAUAAACAGUGAUGACUCAUUUGUCUGCAAGUGUGAGAUGGGAUAUAUUUUAAAUGCAGACCAGAAAACAUGCUCACGUGUGGAUACAUGUGCCCAGGGACAUGACUGCCAGCAUGUUUGUGUCAGAAGUGGCAAUUCUGACAUCUGCAUGUGUAAUGAGGGAUAUGUGUUGAAUGCAGACCAGAAAACAUGCUCACGUGUGGAUACAUGUACCCAGGGACAUGACUGCCAGCAUUUUUGUGUCAGAAGUGGCAAUUCUGACAUCUGCAUGUGUCAUGAGGGAUAUGUGUUGAAUGCAGACCAGAAAACAUGCUCACGUUCUGAUCCAUGUGCCCAAGGACAUGAUUGCCAGCACGUUUGUAUAAACAAUGAUGACUCGUACAUCUGCAAAUGUCAUGAGGGAUAUGUGUUGAAUCCAGAUAAGAAAACAUGCUCACGUUCAGAUACAUGUGCCCGGGGAAAUGACUGCCAGCAUAUUUGUGUCAACAAUGACCACAAUGAUUCAUAUACCUGCAAGUGUCAAGCAGGAUAUGUAUUGAAUGCAGACGGGAAAACAUGCUCACGCUCUGAAACUGAUGCAUGUGCCAUUGGACAAGACUGUCAACACAUCUGUGUCAAUAACGGGAACUCGUACAUCUGCAAGUGUCGAGUGGGAUAUGUAUUGAACAUGGAUCAGAAAACAUGCUCACGCUUGGAUGCAUGUGCUCAGGGACAUGACUGCCAGCAUAUUUGUAUCAACAAUGGUGAUUCAUACACCUGCAAGUGUCGAGAGGGAUAUGUUUUGAAUGAAGACCAGAAAACAUGUUCACAGGAAGUGAGUCGUAAAGUAACUCAAGAUGCCUGCAUGUGUGAAGCUCAGAUUUUGUUCCAGAAAAAUGUGCAGUCAGCUCUUCAGGAGUUGACCAGAAAACUUGAUGAACUUUCAGAGAAAGUGAACCUGAUUGACGGCCGACAGGAGUAUUAAGAACAGCAAUGACAUCAGAGUACAUGUAUUGCAGUGUAUUCAUUUUUUUGACCAGCUGAAAUCAUCUGGAACCCUCAAAAUCUCUUAAUUUUGAGUAACAUUUCUAAAAUCUGGUAUUGAUUCCUCAUACAGUAUACUGUACAGUAUACAGUACAUUUGUUUUAUAUUAUAAACUCAUAUGUUUGCAGUCACAACACUGUUUUACAGAGAAGUCAGGUAUAACUGGUUUAAAUAUUUACAUGUAUGGAUUGUAAGAAAAGCAACAUUUCCCCGUAACAGUUUUGUUAAAUUUAGACUUUGUAAGAUAAUUAGUGAAUUUAUCUAAUAGAUAGAAGUGUAAUUUUUAUUAAAAAUGAACAUGUUUAAAGUUUAAACAAUAUUUUUACAUUGAAUAAUUUUAUUUUUGGUGGCAAACAUGUUGUACCACAUCCUUGUGUAUUAACUGCUCUGAGAGCAGCCUCAAGCCAUGAAUAUAAAACAACUAAUCUCUUAUGCAACAAGAUGUUUGUUGUUACCCUUCUGAUUGUAGCAUUACUAUGCAGGAAAAAACCAAAAUGAAGUCUGUUCCAGCUGGCCCAUGGCAGUUACAUCACAGUGCAUUACUAUAAUCCUUUUCGUUGAUACCUGAAAUAUUUUGAAAAAAAAAAAUGUAUUGCACAACAUUGAAUGGUAAAUACUUUUAUGUUUGUAACAAGUAGCCUAUAAUUGUUUUUGGGGGAGAGGGAAAACAGCAUAGUGAGUUCCUGGGUGAUUGGACUGCUUCAAUAUUUUGCACACUCUUGGCAAAAGUCUUGGACCAGUUUCUUUUUUCAAUUUUUUUAUUUUUGAUUUGAUUUGAUUUAUUUCUGGAUCAACAAAACACAACAACCUGUAUAACCUAUUUUCUAUUGGAAGUAUAGUUGCACAUGGGCAAUAAAUAUUCUGAAAAAAUGGAUCCCAAAUAUCUCUUGUAUUGUGUGUUUUUACACUUAGUUACCAAGCCACUUUUUAUGUAUGAUGUGGACUUUUAGCAUCUCAGAACAAAUCAGUCU